AUGGCUAAACUCUUUCAAGAGCGUACAGAUGUCCCUUCUGCCUGGCCUAUCAUGAAAAAAACCAUAUGCCCAAAGUGUGGAUGCAUCUACUGCCUCAACUGCUUGGAUUCCCUGGAGAAAGAGCCUGAUGGGGGAGACUUUCUGUGUCUUGUAUGCCCCAUGUUCUAUACAAAAGAAAAAAAAAAGGACAUCAAGCCCAAUCAGGAGCUGAGAAAGCUGGUUUCCACUACCAAGGAACUGGAGCCCCAGCUGCAAACUGCUCUACUGGUGAACCCAAGAAUGUGGAAGUUCGCAAUGGAUAUGACCUUGGAUGUUGACAGGGCCAACAACCUCCUGGUCUUUUCGGAUGACCACAGAAGUGUCGGAUGUGGGAAAAUCAAACAGCACCAGCCACUGCAGCAUGAGAGACUUGCCUUAGCCCUGUGUGUCCUGGGCUCCUCUAGAUUCACCUCCAAUCGCCAUUACUGGGAUGUGGUUGUUGGAACAAGCACAGAGUGGGACUUGGGCACGUGCAGGGAAUCUGUUCACCAACGAGGAUGGAUUCAACUAACCACAGAUCUUGGAUUCUGGACCAUAAACUUGAGAGCUGAUGGCUGCUUCUCUGCCAGCACUAUGCCACAGACACCCCUCACUGUGGACCCCAAGCUGUGCCAUGUGAGCAUUGUCCUGGUUACGGGCCUGGGAAACAUUUCCUUUUUCCAUGUGGAAAAUGAAUCCCAUCCCUUUACAUUCAUGGGAGUUUUAGCUGAAGGAUCACUGGCUCAUUUUUUUGCUCCUUCAAUUCCACCAAAUGGUAACCAGGGUGUCCUGAGUAUUUGUCCCCUAAUGAAUCUGGGUGUGUCCAGUUUUCUAGCCCUCAUGGGCAAGCAAGAUAAGCCUCCACAGCAAAGAAACAUGGACAGAAGAUGA